CACCCAGCAAUGAAGUAUUUUACUGCUGUCUUGAGCUCAAAUUAUUACUGUAAAGAAGAUUUUUGUUUUUUCUGUUUCAUUAACAGAUUAUUAUGAAGCAGCAAGAUUGCAGGAAAAGAAGCACCUUACAUUGGAAAUUAAUGAAAGCACGUCUGCUCGCUUUGCGGGCUAACCUGCAAAUUCAAAGGUCAGCAAGGGAAAUCAUUAAAGAAUUCUGAAAGAAGCUUCCCAUGCUUUGGACUCUCCCAAAAGAGAAAGGAAGCCCAUGUUCCGGGCAGACGAGGGUUCCGGGAAGCCGGAGAGGGGUGGGCGAUCGGGGCUCGGUGGCUUCUCCGUGCGCUGCCCUAGGGGAGCCUUUCUAAGCCCCUGUUUUAAAUGCGGGGAAGGAAAAGUUCAGAAGCAGCCACAGGGGACGAAAGCCUAAUUCGGUCAGUUCAACUGGCCAGGGCAUCCAGCCGGCCCAGCCAGCUCUGGAGACGGGAAGGGGCUCCUGCUGGCUCCAAGGAGGCUGAAGCAGCCCGUGCCACCGCCCUCGCCACCGCGCCGCCGCCGCCGCUGCCCCUGCGUUACUGGGGGAGACUGUGCCGCUGCGACAGGGGAGGACGCGGCUGGGGCUCAAGGAGCCUUCAGCGCGCAGGCGCCGCCGAGCCCUGCCUGGAUGCUCAGUCAAGGCACUGAGGAAAAAAAAAAAUCAGCAAUUUAUAGAAAGAAGAAGCUAUAGUCUGUCGGGAUAUCCAACACCAACAGUACAUUCAGACAAUGCAUCUUCAGUAAGGCUUACUAAGAGCUCCGUUUCUGGAAAGCCUUGCAAGACUGAGGAAUAUCAGACUGCGAAUCGUCGGGAACCCUUCCCUUGCAGCACAGAAGCAAUCUCUCUCCCCAUCUUCGCGGGUUCCUUGGAUCCAUAUGAACAGAGAAGCUGCCUGUAAAACACUGACAGUACUAACAGACCUCACAUAAAUAUAUUUGGAUGGCAAAUCAAAUGGAAGAAAAGAAGAAGCAUGACUGCAGAUCCGAUCAGUUCUCUUUGUGGAUUACAUUUUCAGUAAAAUGUAUGGAUCUAUCUUUUCCUUGUUCUUAUAUCUAGAUCAUGAGACUUGACUGAGGCUGUACCCUUAUCCUCCAUCUAUCUAUGGCGAACUAUAGCCAUGCAGCUGACAACAUUUUGCAAAAUCUCUCGCCUCUAACAGCCUUUCUGAAACUGACUUCCUUGGGUUUCAUAAUAGGAGUCAGCGUGGUGGGCAACCUUCUGAUCUCCAUUUUGCUAGUGAAAGAUAAGACCUUGCAUAGAGCACCUUACUACUUCCUGCUGGAUCUUUGCUGUUCAGAUAUCCUCAGAUCUGCAAUUUGUUUUCCAUUUGUAUUCAACUCUGUCAAAAAUGGCUCUACUUGGACUUAUGGGACUCUGACUUGCAAAGUGAUUGCCUUUCUGGGGGUUUUAUCCUGUUUCCACACUGCUUUCAUGCUCUUCUGCAUCAGUGUCACAAGAUACUUAGCUAUCGCCCAUCACCGCUUCUAUACAAAGAGACUGACCUUUUGGACGUGUCUGGCUGUGAUCUGCAUGGUGUGGACUCUGUCUGUGGCCAUGGCUUUCCCCCCGGUUUUAGAUGUGGGCACUUACUCGUUCAUUAGGGAAGAAGAUCAGUGCACCUUCCAACACCGCUCCUUCAGGGCUAAUGAUUCCUUAGGAUUUAUGCUGCUCCUUGCCCUCAUCCUCCUAGCCACACAGCUUGUCUACCUCAAGCUGAUAUUUUUUGUCCAUGAUCGAAGGAAAAUGAAGCCAGUCCAGUUUGUAGCAGCAGUCAGCCAGAACUGGACUUUUCAUGGCCCUGGAGCCAGUGGCCAGGCAGCUGCCAAUUGGCUAGCAGGAUUUGGAAGGGGUCCCACACCACCCACCUUGCUGGGCAUCAGGCAAAAUGCAAACACCACAGGCAGAAGAAGGCUGUUGGUCUUAGAUGAGUUCAAAAUGGAGAAAAGAAUCAGCAGAAUGUUCUAUAUAAUGACUUUUCUCUUCCUAACCUUGUGGGGCCCCUACCUGGUGGCCUGUUAUUGGAGAGUUUUUGCAAGAGGGCCUGUAGUACCAGGGGGAUUUCUAACGGCCGCUGUCUGGAUGAGUUUUGCCCAAGCAGGAAUCAAUCCUUUUGUCUGCAUUUUCUCCAACAGGGAGCUGAGGCGCUGUUUCAGCACAACCCUUCUUUACUGCAGAAAAUCCAGGUUACCAAGGGAACCUUACUGUGUUAUAUGAGGGAGCAUCUGUAAAUCUUUAGCCUUGUGAAACACUAACCUUCUCUGCUAAGCAAUUGUGGCCUGUAGCCAUAUUUUGAGAAGAAAUUCAAGAAUGGGAUCAGCAGUUAUAAGGAUUUGGGCAACAUUCUGCAGUCUUUGCAAUAGUUCACCUAUAAUCCUAUUUUAAAUCUCAGAGUGAUCCUGCUGACUGCCGGUGAAGGUUUGUAAUUAAGAAAGGACUGAACCACUGCCCUAAGUUUCUUUCUGUGGUUGAAAACUAGAUAAUGAAAGUAGCAGGUGCUAAGUAUCAGUGCUAAAUGCUGUGUAUAUCACUACUUAAGAAAAAACAUCAGAAAAUCCAAUUAGCAUUGGACAUCUUAAUAAAUUAAGUUGACAUGAGGUAAAUGUGUUGAUAAAAACUAAUUUUAGAAGUUUGAAGACUUUAAAACAUUUCAUACUAUUUUUGUUUUGCAAAGACUAAACUAUUUGGGGACUUAAAGUACUGUAAUCCACUAAAGAUGUACCAUGAAUUAUUGGAAUACCACUUUAAAAAUCGCCUUGUAAGUUUGGGGGAGCAUUCCAAAGCAGUAUAUUGGUUCCAAUUAGAGUUUAAUUUUUUGUAUUAAUACAUUGCUAUUUCUAAAUACCACUUUUCCUUAAUUAACAGUGAAAUUGCUAGCAUUGAACUGUAUUCUGUGGUUUUUGUUGAUUUAGUAUAAAAGUUUUCCAAUUCAUUUAUAUUUUACAAAUGCUAGAUACUGGUCUGGGAGGCAACAUUAAUGGUACAAGCUGGUCAAAACUGAGCAAUUCGAAUAAUGCAGAAUAAACACAUGUUGCCUUAAAGGGUUAUCUAGUAUCCUUCAUCUUAUUUAGCAUUGGAGCAAAUAGUCAAGGGACAUAAAAUCAGUCAUGGUCAUUCAUCUGAAAGUGCAUGGAAGAUCAUUUAGUACUCUUUUCCCUUUUUCCUCACAUGGUUUGAAAAUUAAGGUGCACAUCAUUGGAAUAAGGAGAUUUUCUUCUGAGGUGUGCUACCCAUUCUAGUGUGUUCUGAGAAGCUGGCAGUUGAAGUAUGUUUAUAUUUUAAGUCAACUGUCAAGAGGAGACCACAGCCUUAGUAUGACAUCCUGCACAAUUUGUGAAGCAUUUAUUCUAUGAAAGGCACAGUCUUGUUUAUAUUUUCUGCACAUUCAGUGUAUUGGUCGUUUAAAUUAUUUGAGUUUUAACUUGUGAAAGCUUAUAAUAUGAUUUCAGGUAUUUUAGAAAUACAUUAGAUUCUGUGAGUCUCAUUCUUUAAGAUACAGAUGUGUGAACUUCAAUAUAAAGUUGCAUUUGCCAAAAUUUAUUUGUGUAGCCUGUUAAUUUUCUUGGAAUAAAUUUUACAUUUUUGGCAUAUACCAAUCAUUUUUUUAAAUCUGGGAGGCAAGCACAAACUAGGAAAACUUGCUUUAUUAUGAUUUUGGGUUUUGAUUUUUUUAUUUUUAUAGUUACUGUAUUUUGGAAUUGGAAAUGUAUGAAUGAUAAUGAGCUGAUAAACAGACAUAAUAUCAUCUAAAAAAGCAUUACUGGUAGCUUUUCAUAAUCAUCCCUCUAUUCUUACAUGCAAGUAGUAUUUAAAAAUGUAUACUUGCUUAAUAGGCUGGUUCAGAAUUUUAGUACAAUUAUCACAGUUUAAUUUGUGCAUAGCAGAAAUUUGGGGUUCUAAAUAUAUAACUCAUAAGACAAAUGUUUUACCAUGACAUGAAAAAGGGAGAGGAAGUUAGUUUUUGUUUGAUUUUCAUUGUUUUAUUUAUGGGGCUUUUGUAUUUGAAAACCAAAUUUAGGAAUCUAGUUGAACAUAAUUUUUUAUUGAUAUAUGACUUCUAUAAAUAGUAUCAAUUUAAAUAAGAACAAGAUAACUAAAAUGUUUCAAUGACAUUUAAAAUUACUCAGUUUUGCUCAUAUAAGGACAGCUCAAGCCAUGAUAUAGUGAGCACUCUGGGCUCAUUUUUACUCCACCAAAGUUGAUUGAAUCUGAGACAAAGUUUGAUGCACAACAGUGAGUUUGAUCUAGCAGUAAAGGCUCCUAGUUGGUACUAAAACCAUUAUCUAAAACACAAUACAGAAGAUGUUAUUAAGAGAUGUUCUAAUAAUAUUAUGUUUCAAACAAAAACAUUUAGAGGAAAGUUAUAAUUAUAAUGAUUAUCUUUAUGGAGAAUUUUUCUUAGAGGUUCAAAUAUCACCAGCAAUCAAUAGAAAAUUCAGCAAUAACGUGAGACAAAAGAGAACAGGCUUUAUCAACACUCAUUUCUGUUUUAUAGAAAAGAAAACCAAAAUGUGGAUUAAGAGUAGGAGCCCAAGGAAUCAGAGCAAGAGCCAAGUGAGGCUGCAUGUCUCCACCUAGCUAUUUCGAGUAACAGAUUCAGAUUCAGUUUGGGUUAAGUGACUAACUCCAGUGAACACUGAACAGAGCUGAACUGUAGUAACUUUCAUGUAAGCCUGCUCUAGAUUAACUUGGCAUUUGCAGGUCAAGGGGGAAGCAGUGGAUGAGAUUCAUCCCUAGUUAAUCAAUGCUAUUUAUAAGUCAAUGAAUAAUAGUGGUAAUCAAACAACAUAAAAGUCUAGGUCAGUGUCUUUAUGACCAAACCACAUUGUCUAUUUUGAUAUCCAUUCCAAUAUUCAAUAUUUAAAAACAGUAACUAAUUCAACUUGAAAAUGUUACUGCUCUUCAAUCCAUAAAAAUACAUUUCCACUGGGGAAUCCAACUUCCUUGUUAGAAAAACUCAUUACAAGUAAUAAUGUGUCCCUCUUGGACUAAUUACACAUUGGAGGUUAACUGUCUUAAAUUAUUUUCCAUCAUAGUGGAGAUGUGUUUUCAGGGAUGCAUCUAUACCAUCUCAUCUGAUUCCUUUUGUGCCCCAAAAUUUUAUUUUCAAGAUACUGGGCAGGAGCUAGGCAUUCACUCUGUUAAUGUAGAAUCCCAUGAAGAUGUUAACUAGGUCAGAAGGAAGUGAGUAACUUGCCCAGUUUCCCACCCAGGCCCCACAUAAAUAACACAAAAUUAAUCAUAAUGGUAAGACGAGAAACAUUGUUUGAAGAUAAAACAAUCUAUCGACUGAAUUGUCUUCUAUAGAUUUUACAUGAUUGGAUUUCAACACCAGCAUCAUCAACUUUAACUGAUUUGUCAUUGUAGACGCAUGGAUGUGGCCACUUACCCAUUUACCUCUACUCCCAUGAAAACUAGCUGAAUUAUUUACUCAUUUAUUCUUUCAUUCAAAAAACACCUGCUGGGCCCUGGGUUUGGUGCUGUAGGCACAGUGAAAACUUACCUAAAUCAGACAUGGAGAUUUCUUAGUCUAGUGGGAAAGAAACAAUUAAUAUGUAAUAAAAUAAGUGGUGAGUGUUACGGUAGCAAACAUUCCUAAGAUGGAAUAGGUUUUGAUGGCCAUAAAUUGGAUGCUUUCCAUUUUCACUACAGUGCCUUAUCUUUUAUUAUCUUUUAUUUUUGCCCAGUGUUCCUUGAGAUCUCUUAUAUAUCGUAAUCUCUCAAUUCAGAGGGAAGCCCCAUUCUACUGUAAGUAGCAGGACCAUUUCUCCCACACUUUGAUGAAUCACCAUGCUGUGUUUUGGAACCAAUUCCUGUGUUCUUAAUUCUAUAUAUCAAAUCACAGCAAAAAUCUAAAUGCCAAAUCCCUGCCCCAAGUACUGCCACUUCAAUAAUGAGUUUUGUUGCCACUGGGCUUACUGCAGGGCAGAUGCAAACAGAACCAAAACUCUUUACUUCUGUGCUCUCCAUGUGUAGCAUAGACUGUGUGCUAUUACACACACUUGCACCCAAACCCCAGCUUACUAAUUCCAUAUUAAAAAGGAAAGAAAAGAGCUAAGAUGAUAAAUGUUCAUGUUUCAAAUACUAACUAAAGACAUUAAUCAAGAUAGAUGGUUACCAGAGUUGUGGAUUAUGAUUCCCCAAUCUUGUUUGUUUUUCUAUGCAAAAAUACAUUACUUUCAUGUCUGUUAAUAUUCUCUUAUAAAUGUUUUGAAUGGAAAUUGCAGAUAAUUGUUUGUUGCUGAAGUUUUUUUGUUCUUAUUCUCAACUUUGGGCAUGACAGUGUUCUCUGACAUUCCCAUCCUCUCAAAAACUUUAUUUAUACUACAUUAAAAUAAAAGAACUGCUGAAUGUUGAGGCACAAAUUCAUAAUAGUCUGUAUAGAGGUUAAAAUGAAGAUAUUGUUUAUACAUGUCUGGAUUAUUUUUUGCCAGUAGUCAAAAUAGACACCUAAGUUAAAGGGGUAUUGAAAACUGGAACAACAUCAGGACUAUUGGAGGCCAGGGGAUGAAUAAUUCUCAGCAUUAUGCUGCAGUGUAACAGGCUCUAAACAAUAAAAUAAAACCAAAAGGCUUUAACUUUAUAAAACUAUUAUAUAAAUGUGACUGUUUUUUAAAUGGGGAAGGAACUUUUACAUUAUCUCCCCCCCCCAAAAAAAGGAUAAUGUCCAUUAGCUGCUCAAACCCUCUGGGUUAAAAGGCUUUUAAAAAUCAGUUUUUCUUUCACCAUACUAGAGAGUUAAUACAAGUAGUGAAACCUAAAAGGCCCCCAGAAGAAAACCAGAGAAUGUGUUUCCUUCUGAGUCUUGCUAGAUAAAGGUCCACCAAAAGUCACAGGUGUUUGAGAGUUGGAACUCUUCAAACCUGGCACUCACAGCCAGCCCCCAGCUCCUUCUGGUGCUGCAGGACAUCUUCAGAAAGACAGGCAUCAGUGUCUGCCUUAAAGACAGUUGCAGUUUCUUUUCCUCCAUCUGAAUUUAGCAAAUACUAAGUUCUUAACAAAAAUAUUAGAGCUGAGACUGUAAUGUGUGUAUUGGUUUAUGACAUUCAAAGGCAAUAAAAUAUUGUAACAUUUAACACAGGUAGGUAUUCAAGAUCAUGGGAUAGGAAAGCAAAUCAUUUAUUAUAGUACAUGGAAAGUGAUUACAAUGUUAAAAAUGUAAAAACUAAUUGAUACUUCAGCUUGAACUAGUUAAAGUUAAUUACUUGCUUAUUUUCAUAGCUUUAGGAAAGAAAACCUCUAAGUAGAUGAAAGAGGAGUUUGUUCUUUUAUCCUCCUCCAAAACCAUGGUGAAAGUUCAUUUUCUCCAGUGAGAAGGGGAAUUUUUGGUUAUGUUUAGUAAGCACUUUCAUUUAGAUGUAGUUUAA